UACGUCGCAUGGUGGUGAUGUCAGAGCUCCGUUGCUAGGAGAACAGAGAAGCGACGGAUGCAAAGAGUACGGGAGAGAUUUGAGAUGUACGGACUCGGAGCGAUCGAGAGAAGAAGAUAGCAAGGGGACUGUGAACACUAGUAAAAGCCACCUAUCUCAGACCUACAAUGGCAGAAGACAGCAGAAGAAUGGAAGACGAGGACCGCGGCCCUGGGGCUGCCUUCCAGGUUUUUGUUCUCAUGGAAGACCUGCUGGAUAAAUUGAGGCUACUCAACUAUGAAGAUGAAGUUCUAAAAAAGCAUAACAUGAGGCCAAUUUCCAGAUUGUAUUUUGCCUUGCCUACAAACUCCGGGGAGCAGUUCUUUAUGUUUUGCACACUUGCAGCUUGGCUGAUAAACAAAGCUGGACAUCGUUUUGAACAGCCACAAGAAUACGAUGACCCCAAUGCUACGGUUUCCAAAAUCCUCACUGAGCUACGGUCAUUUGGUGGCACAGCUGACUUCCCUCCUUCCAAACUAAAGGCAGGCUACGGAGAACAAGUGUGUUAUGUGCUCGAUUUCCUAACAGAAGAAGUUUUAAAACAUACAAACUUUACCUGGAAAAGGCCUGUAUACCCUUCAGAGGAGUUGGAUGAAGAAGUUAUAGUGGAGGAUGAUGCAGAGUUGACAUUAAAUAAAUUUGAAGAUGAAAUUGUUGAAGAAGAAUCUGACAAUGACGAGGAGCACUUGGUAGAUUUAAACAUUCUGAAAGCACAAAGUAAUAAAAAGAAUGUUGGAGAAACAUCUAAACCAGAGGAGAUUUUGGAAUCUAAAACGGAUGCUGCAGAGUGGUACCUGGAAGUGGAACGAGUACUUUCACAGCUGAAGGUCACCGUGAGAACUGAUAAUAAGGAUUGGAGGAUACAUGUUGAUCAAAUGCACCAACACAAAGAUGGAAUCGAAACGUCCUUAAAGGAAACAAAGGGUUAUCUGGACAAGCUUCACAAUGAGGUGAGCAAAACCUUGGAGAAAGUGGCAAGUCGUGAGAAAUAUAUUAACAGCCAGCUGGAUCCUCUGGUUCAAGAGUAUCGAGCAGCACAAGCCCAGCUAAGUGAGCUAAAAGAACAACAUCAGCAAUUAACAACAAAAGUAACAGAGAAGACGCGAAUUCUGUCGGAGGUUACUGAAGAGCUAGAAAAAGUUAAGCAGGAAAUAGAAGAAAAAGGAAGUAGUAUCACUGAUGGUGGUCCACUGGUGAAGAUGAAGCAAGGAUUAAACAAGCUAAAACAAGAGGUUGUACAGAUGGAUAUCAGGAUUGGUGUAGUAGAACAUACUCUGCUUCAGUCCAAACUGAAAGAGAAAUCAAACAUGACCAGAGACAUGCAUGCCACCAACAUUCCAGACUCAUCUAUAGGAGACUAUUAAACUACAGAACACUUGUGCCUGAUUGUCUUCUUUUUUAUUUUUAACAGGUUUGAUUUUUUUUUUGUAUGAUUUGGCAUAUAUUUAUUUAAAUUUUGUAAACUUUGUUGUUUUGAUUGUAUGUUAAUAAAUAUCUUUCAUAUGUUUAAUAAAUUAUUAUUGGCUUUAUACAGACA